CCUGCCAUGCAAGACCACAAAAGGAUAAUUGUUAGGACUACAUUAAACUUUUUCUAACGUUUCCGUUCCCCCAAACACUCUACUGUUCUCUUUAUCUGAUAGAUAUGUGCUAUUACAUUAACCACGAAUUGUUAGUUCUGAACUUCUAACCUGUUGUAACCCAGCAGGAGCAAGAGAAGAACAUCCACCGCUCAUAAUCUUUGUCACGUGCUUACAACCGACUCCACCAGCGGCCUUUGGCAACAAAAACAAGAAGAAGAAAAAAAAGCGAGGCUUACUUUCUUGAUCUCAACCAGACGACCUCCUCUUUUUGUUCGCCGCUCAGCUGACGUUGUAAAUACUAGUUUAGAGCUUUAUCGCUCAACUAUGCAGUAGGAAUUAAGAGUUUCAAGACCGACCACCAUGACUCUUCUAACCGAGGACCAGCCUUGCAGGUUCUCCGCACCGGACAGCCCGAUCGCAUCCAUGGAGCAAUACCCGGUGGAGUCGGGGCAGAAAGAGGACUAUUUGGACUGCAUGGAAACAGCUGUGUUUGGAGCGGUGGAGCCUCCGAAGCGCUCCAGAGGAAGGCUUAUCAUGCACGGCAUGGCCAUGUUUGGAAGGGAAUUCUGCUAUGCCGUAGAGGCAGCUUUUGUCACGCCUGUGUUGCUGAGCGUUGGACUCCCCAAGCGCUUGUACAGCCUGGUGUGGUUCAUCAGCCCUGUUUUGGGUUUUAUCCUGCAGCCUGUCAUCGGCUCGGCAAGCGACUACUGUAGGUCCCCAUGGGGCCGAAGGCGACCAUACAUACUCUUGCUCGGGAUUAUGAUGUUAGUUGGCCUGACUUUAUUUUUAAAUGGAGAUGCGGUCACAUCAGCUGUACUAGAGGACAGAAAUGUUAAAAGGACAUGGGCGAUCGUAGUGGUCAUGUUUGGAGUGGUGAUGUUUGACUUUGCGGCGGACUUCAUUGACGGACCCAUUAAAGCUUAUUUGUUUGACGUGUGUUCUCAUCGUGAUAAGGAGAGAGGGCUUCAUUAUCAUGCCUUACUCACAGGACUAGGUGGAGCAUGUGGAUACCUGAUUGGAGCCAUGGACUGGGGUCACUCUGCGCUUGGUUUCGCACUGGGUUCAGAAUACCAAGUUAUCUAUUUUUUCUCAUCGUUGACCUGGGGCAUUUUUCUCACCAUGCACCUUUUCAGCAUCCCAGAGAAACCACUGCUGACAGAUCACGGUUCAGCCGCCUCGCUGCUCCUGGAAGAACCACAUCAUAACGGCUACGGCGCGGUACAUAAAGAACCACCCCCCCUGCCUGAAAUGAGGCAGCGCUCGUUCUCUGCCCUGAGUGAAGCCAAUGCAGUCACGCCCAGUGUCAAGCAGCCUAGCAGCGAGGUACAGAAGAGAAUGACCCUGAAAUCUCUGCUGUCAGCUAUGAUUAGCAUGCCCAGCCAUUACCGCUGUCUGUGUGUGAGUCAUCUGUUAGGCUGGACGGCCUUCCUGUGCAACAUGCUCUUCUUCACUGACUUCAUGGGGCAGAUUGUGUACAAGGGGAAUCCCUAUGCUGAACACAAUUCCACCUCAUAUGCGACGUAUGAGAGAGGGGUUGAAGUGGGCUGCUGGGGCCUGUGCAUCAACGCCGUCUCCUCUGCGCUCUAUUCAUAUGUGCAGAGGCUUCUCCUUCCAUAUAUUGGCCUGAAGGGACUGUACUUCCUAGGCUACUUCAUGUUUGGCUUGGGAACCGGUCUGAUCGGCCUAUUUCCAAACAUUGUGGCCACGCUGACAUUGUGCAGUGUGUUUGGAGUGAUGUCCAGUACUCUCUACACCAUCCCAUUCAACCUCAUCUCGGAGUACCACAAGGCUGAAGAGGAGCAAAGGAAAUUGGGUGGUGAUGAACGAGCUCUGGAGAGCCGUGGCACUGGCAUGGACUGCGCAGCUCUUACCUGCAUGGUGCAGCUGGCUCAGGUCAUAGUGGGAGCUGGUCUCGGAGCCCUGGUCAAUCUAGCAGGCAGUGUGAUUGUCGUGGUUCUCUCUGCCUCAGCGGUAUCCCUAAUUGGCUGCCUCUUUAUUGCUGUCUUUAUGUGAUGUACAGAUUAAGCCUCAAAUAAAUACACUUUCUCUAUCUCCUCUGUUCGCUGAGAAAGAGCAGGAAAAAGAAAGGAAUAGACACAUUUUAGGGUAUUGUUCUGGUUGACUGUUCGCUGAUGCCAUCAAGUCUUUUUCUGUGCACUCCAAUUCACAUGUCACAUUCUAAAAUAAUAACCUUCAUCUCAUCAUCAGUGAAGGUUGAAAGAAAGAUUAUAUGUAGGCAAAGAUCAGUUGACAAAAUUGCAGGGUUUGGAUGUUUUGUUUAUGCAUGUUCAUUGUUCUUUUAAGAUGAAUUGUCUUCGAGGGAAUGCAUAUUAUCAUGUCUUCCAAACUCCAUUUACUUUUGAAUAUUAUCCUAAUAUUCACUUUUAACAAAACAAUGCCUGGAUUUAGACAUAUCAGAUUUACUUUAUUUGAGUGUUAAUCAAUAAACUGUUGGCAUAGAGCUGUGCCUUA